CUAGAUCUACAUUAUUUUAUUAGACUAGAUUCUAGAUCUAAUUAGAUUUUUUUCUGCUUGCAGUGCCGGUGGGAAGAGGAGAUAUAAUGUGCUUUCCACUUUUGAUGCUUCCACAUACUUGAUAAUAAUUCCAAACAUCGUGUUCAUGAAGUCUCCACAUCUUUGAGUGCAGCGGUUGGGGAGUCCUACUUGUGUUUGAGUGAACACUUGGAAAUUACAAGGGUCUCUACUGAAUGAUGAUGGAAAAAGAGAAGAAAGAAAGGCAGUCUGUUAGUUCAGGGCUUGCUCGACGCCACAGCUCUCAAAAGGAAAAACAGCAAACUGGAAGAAAAGUCUCAGUGAAUAGACCAGCCAAAGAGCAUGCAUUCCUCACUGAUGUUGCUGAUGUACGUACUAUGGAGCAUGGUUUACUCUCUUUGCUGAAUGAUUUCCAUUCUGGGAAGCUUCAAGCCUUUGGAAAUACUGCAACAUUCAACAAGAUGGAUGCAAUUCGUGUACAGCAAGAGCAGUUGGCUAGGCAGCAUUUUGAAAUGGAUCAAGUUCCUAGAUCGGCAACUAGCAUGCUAAGCUCAGAGGAAUCACGGAAGGAGAACAAUGAAAAGAUGGACAAGCUAAUGGAACAGUGUUCACAGCACAUACAUGGUUACAGUCGGACUGUGAUGGUAUGUAUCUGUCUGUGAUAUGUUACCCGCUAGCAGUGUUUGUCUGUCUCUAGUAUGUUUUCUUUCUUAAUUGUGUCAAUUAGCUUUAGGUAUUGUCACCAGUGUGAUAAGAUUGGCUAACUCACAAAAUAUCAAAUCUUUUUAUUUGAUGAAGCGAUUGUACUUUAUCCAGUUCAUUUGCUGUGUCAAAGAUGGGUCUGAAUUUUGACUAGAAAUGCUCCUAUGGCUGAACAAAUCGCCAGCCAUCUGUCACCAGACUAAUAAAAUCAAAUUACUGUUUUUCAUUCUCCUGGAAAAUUUACUCUACUGGGGUUGGAUGGUCUUAUGUUUAGAAUAGGUCAGACAGAUAGAAAUAACAAUGGGGGAAAGUAAAAAAAUUAAGACCUACCAGUGACGCCCUCCAACCACCCGCUAGCUGGUUUUAUUAAAGGGGUGGGGAUAAUUUGCUAUGUAUUGUGGUAGCUCUUCAUCUGCACACCUUUAAAACAGACCUGCUAUUUCCUUGACCAAGAUAACCAGACAAACUUUACAGACUGAUUUGGGCAAGCACGAUUCAAGAACAAAUGCCCCUUGAUUCAUCUUAUUUGUUCACAGACUGGAGUGAAAAAUUUAAACCACAUCAGAGAGGUAGCUUUUACUGUUUUGUUGACCUGGAUAAUGUUUGUCCUUCUUUUGAGUGGGGGAUGAAUGGAUCUGACUGUUUUUGAUACUUUCUUUGUUUUCACAGAAUGCGUGGUACUGAUGGGAUUAUUGAUAAUGAAUGACACAAGAAUUAACUUGUUGAAUAGUUUUUUUUGCUUUUUAAAAAUUACUUUCCUUCCUCAGGAAAAUGGCUUUAAAUAACAGUAUUGCAUACUUUAUGUUGUGUUUGCGUGUCCCUCCUUAUUUUUUUCCCUUUCUAUUCUUGUUUUAUGCUCCUAUUUGUAUUUUCGGCUGGUACGGGUGAAGACUGGAUUUAUCGUUUCAUUCAUGCAGCAGAGUACAUAUCAAAAUUUGUUUUCUUUGCUGUGAUAUUGUUUUGUAUGUUCAUUUUUAGUUUUGUACCUUCUUACUAUCUUUUUGCUUUAUUUUUACCUGAACACGUUAUCUGAAAAU